AUAGCACGCACCAAGCCAACAAAAAUGGCAAAGGCGGUAGCCCUCAUCGUUUUUGCCCUCGGCGUCUUGGCCAUAUCCGGCAAUGCCCAAUGGUAUACGUCCGACAUAACGCUCAAAUCACCAAACAAGUUCGACGUGAAUUAUACAAAUGCCCAAGGCUAUGUCAAUAAGUUUUCGGUCGAAGGCAACGUCCUUUGCGCCACAUGCAAACUGAAUUCCGAGACCGAUACCGGCAACCUGGGACAUGGUGAGUUAGAAAUCAGAUGCAGAAGCCGUAAGAACGGGACGGUAACGCUUAUCCAGCCUACCUUAGCAGACAACGGCGGGUGCUGGAAAACAUACGUGGAGGAUGGCCACCAGGAUGACUUAUGCAUGGUGAGGGUCGUCGCCAGUCCUGACCCUCGAUGCAAUGCGAAAGUGGCCGGAUUCAGGAGCGUAAGGAUCACCCUCGCUGAUUUUAAACAAAACGGCUUGAACACCCUCUACGUCAAGAAGCCACUGGGGUUCGUUAAAAACGAAGCCCUUCCCAACUGCCGUAAGGUGCGGAGCAAGAGGGGUAAUCUAGUCCCGGCGAUUACACUGGCUUGGGCUAAUCCAAAACCAGCGACGAAACUGGCUUGAGU